GCUAACGUUACAGCGACCACUAUUUAAUGUCAAUGCCAGACAAAUCUUCCUCCUCUGCUUCUAGUUCCCAACAACCGGCUCCUUUCUAUCCUCGCCUGUCGUUGAAUGGACACACAAAGUCUAUCUCAUCUCUCAAGUUUAGUCCCGAUGGGUCAAUCCUAGCUUCCUCGGGCGCCGACAGGAUCAUCAAGUUGUGGGAUGCAUAUACAGGUGAAAUACUGCGCACGCUCUCUGGUCAUGACCAAGGUAUCUCCGACAUUGCCUGGUCGCCCGACGGCGAAUUUCUCGCAUCCGCAUCCGAUGACAAGACCAUAAAGAUAUGGAGCAUGGAUCAGGGUGUAGAAGUCAAGACUCUAACUGGUCAUACAAACUUCGUGUUUGCCGUUAAUUACAAUCCUCAUUCUAAUCUUCUCGUGUCCGGUGGAUUCGAUGAAACAGUUCGCGUGUGGGACGUUGCCAGAGGAACAUGUAUGAAGGUUCUCCCGGCACAUUCAGAUCCUGUCACCUCUGUCAGCUUCAACCAUGACGGGACUUUGAUUGUUUCUUGCGCCAUGGAUGGUCUCAUGUCAGUGCUGUGGCUCGAUUGGUUCUUUCCAUCGAUAUCAAUAACCUCAUGCAGACGCAUAUGGGAUGUCGAUUCUGGCCAGUGCUUAAAGACAUUGGUUGAUGAUGAUAAUCCAAUAUGUUCUCAUGUCGAAUUCUCUCCCAACUCCAAAUUUGUUCUUGUGUCGACUCAAGACUCGACUAUACGGCUAUGGAAUUACCAGACAUCCCGCUGUGUGAAAACAUAUUCCGGCCACGUCAACAGAACAUACUGUCUAUUUUCGUGUUUUAGUCACACCAAACAUAAAUACAUCGUCAGUGGGAGUGAAGAUCACAAGGCAUAUAUUUGGGAUCUGCAAACACGCCAGGUCUUGCAAACUCUGGAGGGACAUCGAGGUGAGUCGAACACAUCUGUGUGCCCGUCAUCUGAAUUUUUGCUUGCUUUAGACGUCGUACUUGCCGUAGCCACACAUCCCACAAAAGAUAUAAUCGCAACCUCAUCUAUGGAGAAGGACCUAGCUAUCCGACUUUGGGUUCGAAAAGACGAAGAUCCUGACAUUAAUCAAUCUCAACGAUAA